AAUUAUUUUUAAUCUAGUUUCGUAAAAUUUGCCACGAAAUCAAUCCCAUAUCCAAUUUCCGAACCAGAAAAUAGCAAUAUAUGAAUACAGAUCAACGAAGCAAACACAGGUAAAUCACGAAUUCAUAACCACUACCAGAUUUUUACUUCUUCUUCUUCUUAACCUAAACCUAGCGAAACAUGCUAGGUUUGACUAUUUCACCAUCUUCCUUCGUACGGUGAUUUUCCUUUUCUUCAUCAUCACGACAUUAACGAUCUCGGAGUUAACAAAAGGUGAAUCACAUACAAUUGAUUUAUCAGGUAGUACUAGUAGCGUAGUUGCGUUAAGAAUUUUAGUUAUAGUAUGGUAAUAUCAGUGAUAUUUAUCAUAAUAAGGUUGUUUAUGGAAGCGCUAUGUGAGUUUUGUGAGAUUGUUAGAGCUGUGGUUUACUGCAAGCCGGAUUCCGCUCGUUUAUGUCUGCGUUGCGAUGCGAUUGUGCACUCCGCGAAUGCGCUUGCUCGCAGACAUCCGAGAAGUUUAUUGUGUGAUAAGUGUAAUUUUGAUUCGGCGAUUGUUCGUUGCGUUGAUUAUAAACUGUCUCUGUGUCAGUUUUGUGAUUGGAAUUCUACAGAUGAGUGUUGUGUGUUGGGGCAUAACCAUGUGUUGCUUAGUUUCUACACUGGUUGUCCAUCUUUGGCAGAGUUGGCUAAGAUUUGGCCACAUUUUGUUGGCGGGAAUGGAAAUUCAUCGGUUGAGAGUAGUAUUGCUGGCUGUCAGCCUUUGGAUUGGCCGCAUGAAAAGAAUGGCGGGUUGUUUGGGUUGGGGAAGGCGAAAAAUAAGAUGGACGGAGAAGAGGCGUCUGUUAAAUAUGAACACCCUUGGAUUGGGACACCACCUAUUGUUUUGUCGAAUUCAAACGGCACACAAUACUGCAAAGAUCAAGCAUUUUUGUUUGAUCUAGACUCGAACCAACCGAAGAUUCAAGGAUGCUCUGAUGUCAAGGAACUAGUUUUUCACGAGGGGACUAGUCUUUGUGAAGGUUUCAAUGUGGAUGAUGCUCAAUUAAACUUUGAAAGUGCUGAGGAAAUAUUUGGCUGCUCUCAAAGUGCCGCAAAAUACAACCAUGAAGAUGGAGGAUUAGAGUGUCUAUUAAUAGAUAAAAAUAUUCAAGUCACAAAAUGUACCAGUCUUACCGAGACUGCAGCGGAGGCUUUAUCACCCGUGCAACAAGAUUGUCUGGCUUUUCCAUUAUCAGGGGCUGGCGGAUCAACAAGUGUGAUGCAGGGCAUCAACAAUAAUGCAAAUUGUGCACUUAUGACUCCUAGCUGCAACAGUAGCAUUACUAUGGGAUUUCCUCAGAGUCAAAUUCAUUCAGGAACUUCAAUUGAAUUACCUAAUCUUAAUGGUGAAAACAAUGUUACUGAACUUCUAAAUUGUGGGUUACCUCCAGUGUUUCAUCCUGGCGAAUCCCCUUGGGAACCAAAUUUGGAGGGUACGUGUGCAGAAGCAAGGGAACAAGCCAAAAUGAGAUACCAGGAGAAAAAGAAAACUCGAACAUUUGGUAAGCAAAUAAGAUAUGCCUCUCGCAAAGCAAGGGCUGAUACAAGAAAACGCGUGAAAGGCCGAUUCGUUAAAGCAGGUGAAGCAUAUGAUUAUGAUCCUCUUUUGAGCGACUACUAAAUGUUAUCGACAAUCACGAUAUUUUUCUUGCAGGAAAAUGACUGGUAAGCUUAGGUAGAGUCCAUGGACAUCAUGAUAACAUUGUUUUGUUGUCCAUUCUUAGACAACAAAUUUCUUUUGUACAAAAUUUAGAAAAAUAGAUCAAAUUUUAAUGCAGAUAUAUAAUUAUUCUAAACUUGACAACUUAAUUAGGUGGUUGGUACAAAGAAGAGAAGUUAGUAUUUAGAAUUUUAGAUGAAAAUAUACAUAUGAAGGUAAAAGAGUAAAAAGAUAUUGCAUUUAGUUAUAUCUAGUAAGUGAAAGAAGCACUACAUUUUCUCAAAUAUAAGAAAAAAAAGACAUAUUUGAUGAACCAAAAUAUAAGUAAAAUCUAACUUAUUUGAUCAUAUUUAAUGCUAUUAUUCUCAAAAUAGGCUUCAAGAGAACAAAUUUUCUUACACAAUUACGAUGAAAAGAAAAUGUAGUUUGGACAAUGCAAUUGUUUUUUUGAUUACAUCAAGAAAAUUAAAGGUGGUUAACUACUAUUCUUAGUAUCUGUGUAGUUAGUUAUUUUUCUUAUAAUUUAGAAUGGAGGAAGUAACAUGCAUGAGAUAGAGGAGCAGGAUGAAUGAACAGAUUGAUAUUGCAUCACAGUUAGUAUCAUUUCCGACCAAAACAUGAAAGGUAAGAUAAAUACUUCUUAUGAAAUUAUUAAACUUAGCCGUUUCAGCCGUAAAUCUCGGCACGGAACAGCAAAACCAAGAAAACCGCGUCAAGCUGUGCCGUUCUGUCACAUCAGUGACUCGGUUGGAACGACCACAAUAAUGAGAUUGGAUUCGGAAUGACGCUGAUGUGAUGUGGCCGCUCCGACUGCGUCACAGCCGUAUAUGAUAUUGCCUUAAUUUUUUAAGGAUAGCAAAGUUAUUUUAUUGAAUUUUAUUGGCAUUUGCAAGUACGUUUUAUUUAUGACUUAUGACUUCUGUUUCUAAAUAUGAAUAUUUCAUGAAUUUUGAUUAAUUAAAUUUAGUUUUUAACAAUUGUGUUCAUUAGUAUUAACUGAAUUAGACUCCGCGUCACUAAAAUAUCGGCCGUUCCGCUCCUCGCUCCCAUUCCGCUCCAUUUUUGGAGAUGGCCUAGCCGCGCCUCUAUCCGAGAUUGAUAACAUAGAAUUGAAUACCAUUUUCUAUAGAAUUAAAUGAGUGGCCAAAUUCUUAUUUGUUUACCAUUUGCUUCUGCUUUCUAACAAAUAAGAUAAAAACUAUUUUACUGCAAAAAAAAGUUGGACUUACAUACUCUUUCUUGCUUGCAGAAGAGACAGGAGUUAACGGCGAUGCAUCCUGAACUUUAACAGGUUAGAAUGUGUGACUCUGAGUUUUUGUUUUUCUAAUAAACACAGGGUAUUAAGGAAGAAAACGGGAACUGGUAUUUGGCAUCAAGAUAUUAUCCAAGAACAGCAAUCCUUACGUUGGUUUAGCGAGCAGUGUCAGAUGGAGAUCCUGUUGUUCGAAACCACUUUACACCUGCAGCAACUGUAUGCAUAUUCCACAACCCUUAAACUACCUCAAUCAUUUCAUCUAUUGGACUGCAUCAUUUUAGGCUUAGGAGUGUUAACUGCUUAUUUUGGGUUUAGGCUUAGGCCAAACACUGAUUCAUUUAAAUUUUGGUUGCCUUAAUGUAAUAGUUUCUAUAUUUAGAAUAUUUGCUAUUUAUUUUAGAAUAUUUGUUUUUAUUUUUA